AUGAAGAAUUGGAGGAUUCCAUUUUUUUCAUUGAAAGAUUUCAUUAGUAGAAUACCUAAAAUAUACAGCGACCAUUUUAUUGCAAAUCCUCCAUAUUGUUUAGAACAUGCUAAAGAAUGGGUUCUACGUGCUAUGAAGGAGAAUGCAAAGAAAAGAGCUUUGGAGAGAAUAGAGAAAAAGAGACAAACGAAUGGCACUAUAGAAAAUGCAUCUACAUAUACAGCUGCAGCAACUGCAGCAACUGCAACAAGAGUGGGCAGGACAUCAUCACCACCACCAUUACCAGGAACACAUGUAGGGGGAGGGAGAGGACCAGGAUCAGAACCAGGAGGAUUGGCAUCCAGAAUUAGCGUUAAUACAUUCGAACAACCUUAUCGUUGUACCAUUUGUAAGAAGAGAGGACAUUUAACAGAUCAUUGUUACUUCCGUCCCGGUGGAACACGUACUAAACGUCGUAAAAGAAGGUGA